AUGAUAGGAAAAACUUAGCAAAGAUUAAAUAAGUGCUUAAUUCAAGUUAUACAAAAGUAGUUCUCUCAAUAGAGAAGCACUCAACUUAAGUUUUAUGAUGGUGGUAACAGAUAAUCUAUUUCUGGUAUUAGAGCCACUAUUUUUGGUGCUACAGGAUUUAUGGGUCCUUAUAUUGGUGCUGCCUUAGGUUAUAUUGGUAGUGAUGUUAUUUUCCCUCACAACCACGUUUAUGCUUAUGAUGAUUACGUUAAAGAAUUAAAAUUAUGUGCUGGUAGUGGUCAAAGCUAUAUAAUGAGACACUUCAAUUACGACGAUGAUAAUAUGUAUGAUAUGGCAAUUAAGAACUCCAAUGUUGUUAUCAACCUUGUUGGUUCCAGAUUAUAAAACAAGAACUUCUAAAAAGCUGCUUAUGCAAAUAUUCACGUUGCUAAGAAGAUUGCAGAAGCUUGUGCUAGAAAUCCUAAUGUUAGACGUCUUAUUCAUUUCUCAGCAGCUGGAGCUGAUACUAAAUCUCCUUCUCCUGAUCUCCAUACUAAGUUCCAUGGUGAAGAAGCUGUUUUAAAUGCUUUCCCUAAUGCUACAAUUUUCAGACCUUGCACAGUUUAUGGUAUGUAAGAUUACUUUAUUCGUCACUGGAUCAAGGAAAGAGAUUGGUGGUACCACUUCAACAUCGUUACUGAUGAUUGUACUGCUAAGAGACAACCCAUCUUGAUUAACGAUGUUGCUUAAUGCGUUCUUAAUGCUCUUAAACUCUAAGAAUCUGCUGGUUAAAUUUACGAAUUAGGUGGUCCUCAUGUUUAUUCUAGAUUGGAAGUCUUUGAAAUGCUUGCUAACUUAAGUGGCAGACCUCCUAAACUUGCUCACAUUCCUCACGAUAUCGCUUUAAAAAUCACAUAAAACUUCUACAACUGGGAGUUUUUCAAUAUGGAAAAAGUAAUUAAGGAUAAGCUUGAUUUAAUUGUUACUGGAAAGCAUAAAACUAUUUCUGAUUUAUAUGUUCAACCAGUUUCCUUCCCAUAAGGUGCCGAACAAUUCAUCGACGAUGUCAGAUAUAGAGGUGUUGAAACUCACGACAACCUCGAAAAGUGA